ACAAACCCAUUCGUGCCGAAUGACCUGUUAAUUGGAAAACAAUUCUGAUUGUCUGUUAACGGGUUUAAAAGGUGUUCUCUGUAAACUGUGACGUCACUGGAAUUAUCACAAUUUGGCAUUGUAUAUUUAAUUAUAACGUGUAUAUGUGACUCCGCGCACAGUACAUACUAUAGAAGGAACAUGGUCAGAUCUGCCGAGAACAUCAGUCAUGGUCGUCAUUUUUUAAACAUCUGAUUUUGGAAGGAAUUAUGAAGAACCAUCCAUGGAAUGGAUACAUUUUGCUUGUGUGUAUUCUGAGCUUUAUAAAUCUGUGUAGAGGUGGUGACUUGUGCUACGACAGUAAACAGGAAACAUACAACUACUGUAGCGGGUAUUGCUGUGGCGACCAGUGUUGCAGCCAUGAUGUAGGAGCAAUCGUUGCCGUGGCUGUGGCUAUCACAAUUGGGGUCGUCGCAAUAGUAGGAUUUGCGAUUUGCAUAUGUUUCAUGCUCGCGAAAACGUCACGUGGUAAAGUUGGAGGGCGCACAAAAGACCUGGACGACAGUUUCAACCACACAACUUCUGUUUCUUACACUACUACGCAAUAUCCAAGCUGCCAUAACCAUUACCAAAAUGGAGUGUUUACCUACACCUUACCUGCAAGUUUCCACCUGGCCCGUGACUUUCCUCCUCUGUCUCCAAUCACGCCACCGUCCAUGUCUCCAGAAUAUCAUUCUGAGUACACCGAUAGGUCAAAUUCAAAUUUAAGUACUUAAGCGAAUGAAAUUAGCUUAACUUAGGAUGAAACUCGAAACCGGAAGCAGCAUCAAGCGAAACCGGAUAUAUAAUAACUGUUGUUGGAUAUAAUGCUAACUACACUGGACUAAAACCGGAAACCGGUACAAAAAAUAAUAUGUAGUUCUUAAAAAGUUCAAGAAAAAGUUCAUGAAUUGUGAAUAACCUUCUUUCUAAGACAUGUUUAUGCAACGAUGGUUGGUACAAAAAUUCAAAUUCUGUAAUUUGUUUAAAGUGAUAUCAAAAUUGUUCGAAUUAGAAGUGAUUUUUUAAACAUAUUAAUUUUUGUUCCACAGAAUAAUGUAUUUUUCCCACGAAGUACGGAAAAUACUCGUUUUAAGAUUGGAUAUUUCAAUUUCAAAAUGAAAUUCUUUAAAAAAAAUACGAGGAAAAGUGAAAAUGGAGUGGAUCGGCGUAGCGUUGUUAAAUACGGUCUCUGUCACUCAGCUGACAGAGCAUGCUUGUUUCCCGGUUGGUAGAGCCGUUGCUUAUCACGCUAGAGACAGAUUUGCUCGCCAGAAAUGUCUUUCACAGAAAGUAGCUCCUAGACUAACGUCGACAAUUUCUAAAAGCUUAUUUUCUGAAUGACACAGGGAUUUGUGUUGACGUACAUUGAUGUUUUCUGAAUGACACAGGGAUUUGUAUUUUCGGACAUUGAUGUUUUCUGAAUGACACAGGGAUUUGUGUUUUCGGACAUUGAUGUUUUCUGAAUGACACAGGGAUUUGUGUUUUCGUACAUUGAUGUUUUCUGAAUGACACAGGGAUUUGUGUUGACGUACAUUGAUGUUUUCUGUUUGACACAGGGAUUUGCGUUUUUGUACAUUGGCAUUUUCUUUGUGACACAGGGAUUUGCGUUUUUGUAUAUUGUUAGUUCCUAUAUGACAUAUGAAUUGAUGUUUUUGUAAAGGAGGUGGUGCAUGGCGGCCCACGGCCGAAUAUUAUUUUAU